AUGGAAGCGAUCGAAGCGUCGAACGACGCGAACGGAUGCAACAAAACGGCGAUCGCAAAGCACAUCGAGUCGACUCAGCUCACUUUACCUCCGUCUCACACCACGCUUCUCAACUACCAUCUCAACCAGAUGAGAAGCUCCGGCCAGAUCGCGUUGGUGAAAAACAAUUACAUGAAACCAGAUCCGGAUGCUCCGCCUAAGCGCGGCCGUGGCCGUCCUCCGAAGCCGAAACCAGAGGUCGAUUCGAGCCACGUGGCGGUCCCAGCUCCUUCAGUUUCUCCACCGAUGCCUCGAGGUCGAGGUCGUCCUCCUAAGCCGAAGGAUGCUUCUUCAGAGCCGUCGUCGAUUCAGGCGAAAUCAAAGGCACCGGUUUCCGGUAGGCCACGUGGACGACCACCGAAGAAGGCGAAGACAGACUCAGAGACGGUUAAAGCCGAUGAAGCUCCCGCGGCUCAGCCUACCGGUGAGCGUCGAGGUCGUGGAAGGCCACCGAAAGUGAAACCUGCGAUGGUGGUGCCUGUUGGUUGUUGA